UGACGUGAGGCCGACGACCUGACGGCCGGCUACCCCGCGCUGUGACAGAGGUCAGGGGCACCAGCUGUUACUACUGACAGAGUGUCAACUUUGACCCACACAGUUACCAGUUACGCCGGGGGAGGGCACACUGGCUGGACUGUCAAAUUGAGAGAGUACAAUGAGUUUUCAGAAGGUGACCUGGGAGUAUAAGGGGGUUCGAUUCCCUCUUCCUGUCACCAAGGAAAAUCUGGAUGCCAUGCCCAGCUACCAUAUCCGAGAUGACGACAUCGUUGUGGCAAGUUUUGGAAAGACAGGCUCAACCUGGCUUUUGAGGGUCAUAUUUAAGAUCCUAGAAGCUGCGGGGGAAAUUAAAGACGGGGUGGAGUACGAGUGUAGGGACGUUGGGCCGAUCGAGAUGAUUCGACCAUCCGCCACACAGCCGGGCUACAUCCGUCAGGCAGAUAUGCCAUCUCCCCGCGUUCUGAAGACACACCUGCCUAUUCAGUUUGCGCCUCUAGGGGUAUCCAAACCAGGAAAGAAGGUCAAAGUGCUAGUGCCAAUGAGGAACCCAAAAGACACGGUUGUGUCACUUUUCCAUUUUGCCCAUAGCAUGUGGAAGUUGAGGGAUUUCAAAGCAACUAUCCCCUGGGAUGAAUUUGCUCAGAACUUCAUCACCGGAAAAGUUGGUUUUGGAGACUACUGUGAUCAUUUGCUGGGCUGGUGGCAGAUGCGUGAUGACCCUCACUUCCUCUUUAUCAAGUAUGAGGACAUGAAGAGGGACCUGUCUGGCUCUAUAAAGACCAUUGUGACAUUUCUGGAGGUCGAUUUGAAUGAGUCCACUAUGAAAGACGUCGCCGAGGCCUGUACCUUUGACAAUAUGAAGGCAGCUCUGUGCAAGUCGGAAAUACCAGAGAUAAGGAUGCUAGUCAGAAAAGGAAUUGUUGGAGACUGGAAGAACAUGUUUUCCCCAGAACAGAGCAAAGCCUUCGAUGCUUGGUAUGAGAAGAAGCUUGGCGGGACCGGCAUCAACUUUGAAUUCGAAUGAACUGAUCUUUAUCAUUGCAAUUGCGUCAUUACCGAAACAGAUAAAGCAGUAUUGUAGGUUAGCU